AUGUCGUGGCCGCAGAUCCGCGAUGGAUCGAUUCAACAGGGCUUCCCUGCAUUCAUUGACAAAUUUGCCUCUUCACAAACAGGAGCGGAAGCGGCCCCUUGGUUCGUUGCAAUUUAUGAAGUCCAGGACGAGCAAUCGAGUGCGUUUACUCGGAAGCUUACGAUGCAAGGCCACCCGCUUUCGGAAGAAGUCUCGAAUACCCCAGUCGAAGAAGCGCCAAGGACAGAAGCGGCUUAUAGUCAAGACCGAAUUGGGAAGCAGGUUCGGUUCUUCUCGGAUGGUAUUUUGGACAUCGGCACCCAUGUUGACGAGGCUCAUACCACCUCUGGCAGGAAAGCCAGCUCUAUUUUCGGGCUGGUUUUGAUGCGCAAUAAUGUUCACAUUUCUUUGCCAAUACGAUCACCACAAGUCGUCGAUGCGCCGUUGUCCCGCAACGUCAGAGCCAAGCGGAGAACUUCACGUUUCGACACCAGCUCCCCGGGAGCUCAUCCGGGAACACAGAAGACCGACCAAGAUGCGUUUUCAUUGAAACAUGUGCAGCGCGACUGCUCCAGCGCCAAUGGGAUUCUCUUCAUCUUGUCGUUGGUACUGUCAUAUUUUGAUAUCAUGAGCCUGCUUCCUGUUCAGCCAAUGCUCCUGCUCCUGCUGAUAUGCAAUUUCGAUUUCUCAAUCACGCUAUGAAUCGCUUCGUAGAAGGGGCAGUAGGCUCAGGAGCCUGGUCGUAAAUUGAGUAGCUUGCAAUGACGCUCGCACUCCAAGAAGCAGAGGCCGCAGUUUCCGUUGGUGGGAGCGGAAUGAGGCUGUGCGUGUGGGUGGUGUUGGCAUUGCCGGUGGUCGUAUAGUUUGCCGUCACCUUCUCCUUGCCAUCAGCGAUACCUAGACCGCUGAUUGAGCGGUUGAAGAUGGCGAGUGAAGGUCCUGGCUGGUAAUAAGGAAUCUCAUGUCCAGCGUCGUACAAACGAACAAAGCUGAAGUUACCAUAUUCGCGAACUUCACCAGCCUGAAAGUUGGCAUCAGACCACAGGAAUGGAGCGUACCCUGCAGCGCGGAACUCUUUGCUGUGGGUGUAGUUGACGGCUAGAGAGAUAGCUUGCCCUCCAAACCAGUUGCAGAUGUAGUCUGCGUCUCCAUAUGCCAGAGUCACUCUCACACCACUAGCAAGGAUAUUUUCGAGGUGUCGCAUGAAAUUUGGAAAG